AUGAAAAUUACAAAGCUUCGAGCAAAACCAAAAAAACUUGAACAAUUAGGUCCAUGUACACCUGAAGUAGCAGCAUUAUUGACUUGUUGGGCCAAUAAUACAAUGGAUUCUUCUGCUUGUAUACAAAAUGUGCAAGCACUUUCUAAUUGCAUGCGUAAUGUGCCAAGAAAAACGAAACCUCCCAAUACUAUCAAUUAUCAUCUUUCAAGACUUGCAAUCGAUGAGAAUAGAGAGGAGAAGGAAAAACAAGUUAAAGUGAAUUUUCCCAAAUGGUUAUAUGGAAUUAGAAUGCAUAGAUAUGUAAAAAAUUUUGAAAAUAUGAAAUGGGAAGAGAUUGUUGAAUUGGAUUCUGAGGGAUUAGAACAAUUAGGAAUUGAAGAACAUUUUGAUAGGAAAAAAUUGUUAAAAGAAUUUAGAAAUAUUAGAAAUACCAUAUAUGUGUUGUCAUUAUAUGAUAAUAGAAAUGGCGAGGAACCUUUAUAA